AUGGAGCCCAUUCAGCGAUUGCCGACCAGAUACUAUUUGCGCAUCGACUAUCACCCCACCAUUCUCCUUUGCGGCAAUGAUAUCCGGCUUGCGAAGUCCGAGAGAUGUCCUUAUCCUUGGUUCCCUAACCACGGUCCAUCCUGCUCCUGCCAUCCCAGAACUCACGACGUCAGCUAUCUUGUCGUGGCGGAGAAUACGUCCGCCGUGCGUUCUGUAGCACUGCUGGAUGCAAUGGGCAGUCGUUUCCCUAACCGCACAGCCUGCGCGGCAGUUCAACUCCAGACCUUCGCCCCGGCGCCCACUAGAGUUAGCGGCCCCCUAGACGGGAGCGCAUUUAUAUGGCAGUGCACGAACUGCACGUAA